AUGAAUGAAUAUUUUUUCUUUGAUUUAGUUUUGCUCAAUUUUUUAUUUUCACCAUUAUUUACUGCAUCAUCUACUGAUCGUGAAUUAGAAGCAGUCAAUUCUGAAUAUGAGGGAAAUUUAUUUAAAGAUGUACGACGUAUAACUCAAUUAGAAAAAUCCACAUCAGAUUCAGAACAUCCAUAUUCAGAAUUUCCUAGUGGCAAUACAGAAUCAUUAAGAAUAACGCCUAAACAACGUGGAAUUGAUAUUCGAGAAGUACUUCUAGAUUUUUAUAAAGCUCAAUAUUCAUCAAAUCGAAUGAGUUUAGCUGUUCUUGGCAAUUGUAUGUUAUUAGACUUUUUUUUUUGA